AUGGAAAAACUGGCUCUUUUUGAUGAUGAUGACGAGCCGGCUGAGGAGGCGGGUGGAUCGAGUGACCAUAUUUCAAUCAAUAAGGUUUUUAAAAAUAUUAUAAAAAAACUUUUUUUAGUUUUGUUUCAGAAUUACGCAUCGAGAUAUGAUAAUUGGCGACAGCUCGAAGAGAUGCAAAAAAGUGGGAAUUUGCAAUUUUUAUUAAAAAGUUUUUAAAAUAAUAUAUUUUUAGUAAAAAGAUCGGUACGGGGAUGCGGAGGAAAGUGAUGAUUCGUCGUCGAGUGAGGAAGCGCCGGUUUGAUUUAAUUUUUUUCUUUCAGUUUUUUUACGCAAAACAAAUAAAAAAAAAUUUUCUAAGGGUCUCCAACGGAUCUUUUUUUCUCACAAAAUUCUGGAAAAAAAUUCUAGAGCUAGAAAAAAAAGAUUUUUUUCGAACUUUCUGCACUAUUUUUCUUUUUAAAAAGGCUGAACAUAGAAUUUAAAAAUAACGCAUUUUUCUUUUUUUGUGAAUUCGAUGGGUUUUGAGAAAAUCGCUUUUUCGAAUGAAGGUAGUUUUAAAAUAGGCAAACCGGAAAAAUCCUUCGCGAACCCUCAGAAGGUGCUGGAAAGGUUCUGCUGAAGCUCCUAAAAUGAUGAAAAAAAGCCUUUCGAGCUCUUUUUUCAUAGCCUGCUUUUCGAGUUUUCUUCGAUUUGAAAAUCACUUCAUUUGAGAAGCAAUCUUCAGUUUAUCAAGCCUUUCCCUGAAAAAAAUCGCUUUUAAGCUCAAAUUUCUUGAUUUUCCACAUCGUGGCAAAACCACGUUCAAAACGAAUUUCAAAAAAUCUGUGAUCCUAUGAUUUUUUUUUCCUUUAGGAGUGGACCAAAAACGACGAGGAAUCGUUCCUACGCACGCUGGGAGCUCUGAAAUCCAAAGAUGCUUCGAUUUAUGACGAGAAACGGCGGUUUUGUAUUAAAACACAUGUGAAUUUAAAAUUUUCCCGUUUCCAGGUUCUUUGCUGAUGAACAGGCGGCUCAAAAUGGAGAAUCCUCGAAGAAUGGGAAAAAAGCGGAGAAAAAAAUGACGUUGAAGGAUUAUGAGAGGAAAUUGGUCCUCGAAAAGGGCGGGUCAGCCAAUUUUGUUUUUCGGCCCUAAAAGAUUUUUUUCAGUCUUAAAUAGAAUUUUUUAAAGGCUGUUAUUCAAAAUUUUGAAAAAGGGUCAUUUUUUUAAAAGUGAUUUGAUUAAUUUGUUCCGAUUUUUUUUUUCCCACUUUUUAUGAAUAAUUGGAACAUUUCUCACUACAAAAAUGCUUCUAUUUGUAUAUUUCGAAGAGUUAUAAAACGUUCCUGGAGGUCAAAAUUAUAAAUUUUAACUCUUUGUUUUUUUUUCUAAUAAUUAGUUUUCGUAUGUUUUUCAUAAAUUUUAUUUUGCACUUUUUUUUCAAAUUUGCCCAGAACGCUGAGUAAUAUAUUUCUUCUUUCUGGAACUUGAAUCCUGUGAAUUAGAAUCUUCUAAUCAUUUUUUUAUAAGGAAAAACCUGCUGCUUUUCUUUUUUUCGCUAAUUUGCGCGUAAGGUCCAGAGUUUCUAGUUCCCUGCGCAUUGCGGACGAAACGCGUCUGCCACGAGCAACUGUCCUUCAUUUUUCCAUUUCCAACCGAUUUUCUUAUCAAAGACUGUUCAUUUUUCUUUUUCAGUGAUAUCGAUGAAAGCGAUGGUGACGAUCAGCCUCCACAAGAACCGGGUUAUUAUGAAGAGCAGGAAGCGAUCCGGAAAAGGUUCAUUUUUCUGUAGAAUAAGUAUUAUUGGUGGUUUUUCAGUAUUCAAAAAGGCUUUACAUGGUGAUGAUUCUGAUGGAGAUGAGGAAUUGCUCGUUCGAAGACAGAAAAGUGACAAAGAAAAGGUUGGGAAGUAAACUUGAUCGCUAAAAUCACAUUUUUUUGAAAAUUAUUGUUUUUUCUGAAAUCUUGUUUUGAAAUCAAUGUUGUAAGGUUUUCCUACUUUAUUGAAUUUUUUUCAGAAAUCAGAAGAAGACGAUUUCUACGAGUGGCUGAAAGAACGAGGCGAUGAGCCGGGGUCCAUGAAACCGAAGGUGAAAAUUGGUUAAUAUUUUUGAUUUAAUUGGGAUUUUCAGGAGUUGCAACGGUUAAAAGUCGCCUGGAACGAUGAAAAUAUCGAUGAGGAUGAAAAAUUUCUGCGCGAUUAUAUUUUGAAUAAGGAUUACGAGCCGACGGAGAAUGAAGAGUUGGUUUUUUGUAUUUUUUUAGUGGAAAAUUGUUUUUUUAUUAAUUCUAAUGUAUACCUUUCAAAGUAACUAAAUUCAAAAAAAGAUCAAAUCAGAAAAAAAUGUGGAAAUAAAGGAUUUUUUUCCAAAAAAAGGAUUUUUAAAAAAAUCAGAUUUUUGUUUGAAAAAAAUCCAUUUACAUGACGCAUGACUUCCCAGUUUUUUUGAAAAAAAUCGUAAAAAAAAUAAAAAAAUAAAAUAAAAUCGAACUUCGAUAUAGAGAUAGAUUCGAGUUUCUUAAAUAUAAUUAUUUGAGAAUUUUUUUCAUUUUUUUCGAUUCAUUUUUUUAUAGCUAAAAAAAUGAGUAUCUAUUCGAAAUUGUUUAGAAAUGAAGAUUCACUAAAUCUCUUUUUGAUCGAAAAUUAAAUUUUGAAGGCUUUUUGUUUAGGACUAAUCAACGGGAGUCUGUGAGAAAAAAAUCAAUUUUUUUCAGUUUUUUCUCAAGAUUAAAUCAGGGAAGCUCAAAAAAAUGAAUAUUAGAAUCGUUUUUUUAAUGAAAAAAAAUAACAUUUUUUUGAAGAAAUCCAACGUAUGAAGAGAUCGUGGAGUUGGAAGAGGAUGAAAAAGAUAUGGAUCGUCAGAGAAAUUUCGAAAUCAAGUACAAUUUUCGGUUCGAAAAUCCCGAUCAGGAUUUUGUGAGUUAUUCUCUGAAAGUUGAGUGAAAAAUGAGAAUUUUCAGCUGAAAAGCUUCCCCCGUACAGUUUCCGAAUCGCUGAGGAAAGACGACAGUAAGAGGAAAGAGAAGAGAAAAGAGAGAAACGAGAGGAAAAAAGAGGAGAAGGAGGAGAAGAAGAAGGUGAAUGGAGUUCUUUGGCAAGAAAAAAUCAGUCGAGUUGUUUCCCUUAAGUGACCACUCGAAAUUAGUCAACGUUUGAAAAAGAAAAUUAGUGUCCUCUUAAGGGAUUUCGAGAAAAAAAAACGGUUAUCUUUUCGUUACCAGCUUUUUUUACCAUGAAAAAAAAUAUUUCGAAAAGUUUACGGAUAAAACCCCUUUAGUGACCACUCGAGAUUAGUUGAGAUCUUUCAAGUUGUCGCUUAAGUGACUUCCGUAGUUUUUUGAUCUGAAAUAAAUUUCAAAGGGAACUUGAGCCCUUGAGUGAUUACUCAGUUUUGCUCUAACGUUUGAAAAAAAUAAAUUGAAUUUAGUGGCCAAUCAAAGGAAUUUUAAGAAAAAAAAAACGGUUAUCUUAUCGUUAUCAGCUUUUUUUACAUUAAAAAAUGAAUAUUUUGAAAAAAUGCUUGGAUAAGACCCCUUGAGGGAACACUCUGUCGCUUUCUUAAAUCAUCAUUGAAAUAAAAAAAUUUAAAAAAAGUGAAGGAUUUUUCCGAACUUUGAUAGUUUUUUUCCCAUUUUUUUAUAGGACAAAAAAAUUGAAAAAAAGGCGGGUCAAAGUUCAUUUUUUCAAGUGACCACUUUGAAGCGGCCCCUAAAGCGACCUUUUCAAGAACCAACAACUGCUCGAGUGGUUACUUGAACAAUAUUUCAUUGAAAGUUUUCCAUAGUGUGUUCGCCGCGACUUGACAGUUUUUGCGUGUCUGCGUCUCUUUGUUCCCUCGACGGCGAGAUUAGAGAAAGAUGGAAAUAGCACGUAAACAUUAGAGAGACGUCGAGAGACAAGGAGAGCGCAGAGAAGUCCCGCCUUUUCAAGUCGCGAAAAACGGACUAUAUUUCUCUUUGAAAUUAGUUUUUUUCCAGGAACUCAAGCACUUGAAAAAGAUGAAGCGAUCGCAAAUUGAAGAGAAAUUGGCCCGACUCAGCAAAGUUUACCAUUUUUUGUUGUUUCUUGCAAUAAUAUUGUUUUUUCCAGGCCGCUGGCUGUGAUAUUCCGCUGAGUAUCGACGAACUACAGGCGGAUUUCGAUCCGAAAGAGUUUGAUAAGAAAAUGCAGGUGAUUAUUAAAAAUAAUCAAGUAAAAGCUCGAAAAAAAGCCAAUAUGGAAUUACCUCUGUGAAGGGCGAGCUGAAAAUUUCGCUUAUUUGAGCAUUUUUUUCACCGAUAAAUAACGAAUUUCUAAGCUUUUUUUCUGUUGAAAAAGGGGUUUUUCUAAAAAAAUUAAAUUCAAGCUGAUUACGAUCCGAAAGAAUUUGUUGAAAAAUUCAGCUGAUUAUAAAAAAAUAGUUAAGAAAAAUCUCGGAAAAUAGCCUAGAAUAUGAGAUAACCUCUGUAAAGAGCGAGCUGAAAAAUUUGUCAAUUAUAGGAUUUUUCACCGAUAAAUAACAGACUUCUAAGCUUAUUCUGUUGAAAAAAAGUGAUUUUUUUCACAUUUUAUCUCAAAUAUUAUAUCCAAGCGGAUUUCGAUACGAAAGAUUUAGUUGAAAAAAAUUCAGUUGAUUUUUCAAAGAAAAUCGAGAAAAAAAAGGGUUGAAAAGAGCAUAAUAUCACUGAAAAAAACGAGCUAUUUUUUGUAUUUUUGAUUAGAAAAAACUGUUUUCACGAUUUUUCCGUCGAUAAAUGGACUUCAUUCACGUUUUAUCAUGAAAACGAGCUUGAAUUGUUUGAAAAAAAUUUUUUCUCUACAUUUUUCAACGUAGAAGUAGCACGUAAUGUAAAACGUAAAAAAUUUUUUUUCAAUCAUUUUUAAAGAUUUUCCAUUCCCUUCUUUUCUGUUUCUUUUUCUUUUUUUUCUUAUCAAUAUCAGUUUUUAGGCCAUUUUCAACGACGAAUAUUAUGGAAAGGAAGAAGAUUUCAAGGAAGAUGACAACGAAAAACCGGUUUUCAGCGAUGAUGAUGCGGUAUUUUUCUUAUCUUUGUUGAUGUUCCAAUUUUUUCGUUCAGGUUUUGGAUAGCGAUUAUGAAGAUUUCGAUGAUGUCGACGUGACGAAAUUGAAGAAGAAUCCUGAAGACGUCGCUGAGGAAUCCGGAGAAGAAGAAGAAGACGACGAGAAACCGGGAAAUUCGGCUGGAAGGGCGAUUAAAGCGGCCGAAAAUGCGCUCCAUAGAGAUGGGAAAGGUGAUUCUGAGAAAAGAAAAAAAAAUUUUUAUGCUCUGAUAUUUUCUCAUAUUCAAAAGCUCGGUCUGAAUGCUUUUUUCAGGAUCUUUCAAGAAAAAAAAAAUCCUGUUCAAAACCCUGGAAAGGUGCAAAAAAAAGUCAGUUAAAGCUUAUUAUCAAAUUUUUUUCAAGAAAAAAGAGCCUUUUUAUCGUCUUUUUCUCCUUCUGUUCUAGAUUUCAUCGUCACUUUUUUCUUUUCAACAAGUUUUUCAUCUUCUUAAUGGUACAUAUUUUUUUAGAAAGAAGAAAAAAAUAAUAAAGUGUACAGAUAAAUCAAUAAAAAAAAUUGAGUUCUUUCAAAGGACCUAAACUUUGUACAGAAAAAAAUUAGAAUUUUUUUCCGAUUUUUAAUCAUUAAAAAAACUUUAAAAAGCGCCAGGAAGACCUUCUUGGAAUAAUCCAAGAAAAAGAGCUCAAAAUUCAGUUUUGAUUGACAUUUAGGACAUGAGGUCAUUUUUUUGCAAAAAUUGAGCCUUUUUCUUGCGCUAUAAACUUUUCUUAAAGAUGAUUUGGUACUUUACUUCAGGUUUUUUUUUCCAUGAAAUGAUGUUUUUCUUGUAUUUCGAACAUCUCCCAGAAAUUUAAUCUAAUUUUGAGCAUCUUCCUGAAACUUUUUUUACCGCAAGAAUUUGUGUUUUCUACUUCUCGACCAAAUUUAUGAUAGUUUUUGAUUGCGAAAAAGAGAUUUCUUUUGGAGGAAUCCGAGAAAUAAGUUGAAAAUCCAAUUUUGAUUGGAUUUUCGGACUUUCGCCCAUGGUUGGACUACUGCUAUUUUUUCUUAGGUCACUAUUUUUUAAAGGCUUUUCUUCAGGUAAACGAUUUUCAUCUCUUAAUGCCGGUCUUUGAGUUCUAUUGAAAAAGUUGAAUGUUCAGUUUUAAUUGAAUUUAUGGAAUUUUAACAAAAAAUUGAAAAAUUUCAGACAGUUUCGAUUUUCUCAAAAGUUCUGUAAUUAUCCACGGGGUUUUGUUUUUUAAAUCAGGUAACUCUUGUAAUUUUGAGCAUUUUUGCAGAUAAUCGCCGAAAAAGGAAGCGAAACGCUUUGAAAGACGCGUUGCGCCGCGAGAAGCCGUUGUUUGAUCCGCGUGAGAAAACUUUCGAGGAGUAUUUCAACGAAUAUUUCGCCCUCGACUAUGAAGACGUUAUCGGUACGCUGAUUUCCAAUCAUUUGAAAAAUUCUCGAUUUUUUUGUCUAUUUUAUCGAUUAAUUAGUAUUUUUUUCAGUAUCUUCAAAAAGUUAUAUUUUUAGUUUUUGGUUUUAAUUUUUUGUUCAAAGUGAUUUUCCGAAAUUCAAAAGAGCCGUCAGAGUGAAAAAAAGAUAACUGAAUUUUUGGAGAGUCAGAGAUGUUUUGAAGUCUGUGGGAUUACUUGGAAAACGAAAUUACUGGAAAAUUGAACAUUUUUAAAAAAAUUUUUUUCUAAGAUUAUAAUUUAUUUUUUUCGAAGCUGUAGUAGAUCCGAAUCAAUUGAGCUGCGAAAAAAAAUAGAAAAUUUUUCCUGAAUUUAAUUGAUUUUUUUAGAAGAAAAACCAUUUUUUAAGCCAAACAGGCGAUUUUUUUCAAAAAUUUCUAUAGCUUGAUUUUUUUCGCAUGCUUUUUGUUUUUUGGAAUCUGUUGUUUUUCAUAGAGAAUUUAAACAGAAAAGCGAGAAAUUGCGAUUUUUUGAAGGUUCAUUAAGAGACCUAUCAAGAAGUUUUCUUACAGGCUUCAAGAAAAAAAGUGUGUUCCCAGGCGAAAAUAUCCUUUUUGAUAGAUUUUAGAGAAAAAAAGCAGUUUGGAAAAGUCAUCUACGAAAAUAAAAUCCAGUUUUUAUGAUUUCUCCAACUCCUUCUUAACAUUAGGAUCAGAAAAAAAAAAUCAUUUUUCAAAAAUUUUUGGGAGUUUAGGGGACCAAGUGACCAAGUUCAAGUAUCGGGACGUGGUCCCAAACGAUUUUGGCUUGACGGCCGAUGAAAUUUUGGAGGCUGAUGAAAGGCAAUUGAACGCUUGGGCCUCACUCAGAAAGGUGGGACUUUUUGAAUCUUCCAAAAAUCAACCCGAAAUAUCCAUUUUCAGGUAACCGCCUACCGAACCCAGCAGGAAGAGGCCUUCGAUUUGACCGCCUACCGGAAAAAAUCCCUAGACUCGGCCAGGAAAAAGAAGCUUUUCAAUACUGAUUUUGGAGGGUUUUAUUGAUUCGUCAUGAUUUUUUGAAAACAACCAUUUAUUCAGAAAAAGAUCCAAGAAAAAGACGGAAGAAGUGGAUGGAGAGAAGGAAGAGACUGUGGAGUUGGAGGAGAAGAAAAAGAAAAAGAAGAAACGACGCGUGAAGAAGAAGACCAAUGGAGAAGCGGUCGUUGGGCGGGAGGAGAAGGUAAAAAAUGCUUUCCAAAGGGAAUGAAUAUUUGAAAAGGUCUUGAACAGUCAUACGUUGGCUGGAACCCACCCCGAGCCCCCCCUUUUAUUACAGGGUAAAAAAAUUGAAAUUUUAUUAGAAUUAAUAGGAAAUAAUAACUUUAGAGAGUAAAGAAAAAGUUAGGAGUGUAGAGAUGAAGUCGUUUUUCUCAAAAAUUUCCAUAUUUUUGCUGUUUUUUUGUUCAUUUUAGUGUUUUUCAGGCUCCUUCAUCAAUAAAACUUGAACCAAAUCAGGAUUUUAAACUAGUCAUAAAAUCGAAAAUGUCAGAUCUAGACAGUUUUGGAGGGAUUCGAGAGUUUUUCCAUGUAGUUAAGGUAAAUUUGGAAUAAUUUGUUGAUGAUUUGAUUUUUAAAGGAAUGACGUCAGAAACUGUUGGAUUUUGAAGAUUUCAGAUGAAUGGGAAAUUUUUGAGCCGGCCUGUAACUAAAUUAGAAGUUUUUUGAUAUUUGCAGAAUUGUUGCUCAUUGGUAUUUUAGAGAUUUUUAAAAAGGUCAAAACCUGAAUUUUGAAAGGUUUUUAGAACCCUAAAUAAUGGCACAUUUUUCUCAAGACCCCCAUGUCUCUAAUCAACACAAAAAAGCUUAUUCUGUCGAUUGAGGAGUUUUCACAUAGCUACUUUUUCAGCCCGAAGAAAAAGUUGCUGAAAAGGAGGAAAAAACAGCUGUUGAACCGGAACCGAAGGUCGCUGAGAACGGUCAAAAAGCCAAAAAGAAGCGAAAACGACCGGCGAAGGCUGGAGUCAAGCUGGACAAGGUGAGAUUUUUCAAAGAUUUUUUGCAGUAUAAACUUGUUAAACUGGCUAGAAAAAUUUUUGGUGGGCACUUAAGUGGAUCCUGAACGACUGAUUGGAGAGGGCCCUAAAGCGGCCACUGAAACCACCUCUGUAGAGGCCACUAUUUUACAUUUUAAGGGCCACUGCAGUAUUUUUAGUGGUCUAAUUGUAGCAUUUAGACUUCUAAAAAGGUAACUGAAUUUUGAGCACUCAAGUGGCCACUAGUUUGACUACUAUCAUGGGCAAAGUCGGAAAAGGUGGAAAAAAGCUCCAUAGAAAUGUUCUUUUUUUUUGUUGUAUUUUUGCGCCAUUUUAUCGGCUGUUUUGCACCAUUUUUGCUGCCUUUCAUUUUCUCCAUCAUUUCUUGUGUCUUCAAAAUGCUAGUAAAAGGAAGGCUCGCUAAAGGGACUCUUUUUGCGGCCUUUCUGCGACAUUUUUGAGCCUUUUUGCGGUCUUUUUGAGCCUCGGCCGUUAUCCACCAUUCCGACUUUGCCUGAUUAUAUAUUUCCAAUAGAAACUCUUCGAGCUGAAUCUUCAUAUUUUCAUUCAUUUUUCGAAAUUCCAGAGAGCCAAGAUGGAGAAGACGUUGAGCUCGAACUUGGGACAAGGAAUGACGGAGGCUCGAGUCAAGGCCUACGGCCUCAACCCCAACCGCCUCUCCAAAGGCCUUCGAUACAACAAAAAAAAUCUUGAUUUUUUUCCGUUGUUAUCUGUUGUUAUUUGUUACUUGUUGUGUUGUUAUCUAGAAAAAAGGUGAAAACAGAUUUUCGUACUUUUAUCUCAUAAAUUUUUUUCUUUUUAAACUGUUUUUUUCUAAUGGUUCAUUAUUGGUUUUUGCCAUACCUUUAUCCUUUUUGUCGUGACGUUUUUCUGAGCUUUUGAGCACAUUUUUUUAAAGGCGCACAAGCAAUUUUAUUAAAUGUCUCGACGCGAAAAGCCGUUUUUCGUUUCAAUCAAAACUUUUGCGCUAACAAACGGUUUUUUAGACAUUUUAGAAGAUCUUUCUUUUGAAAAAGUUUAUUUUUACCUCAGGCUAAUCUUUUAAAGUCCUGGCCAUGCGCCUUUAAAUUUUCAUGAAUUUUACGAUUUUAUCGUUUUUCUUUACAGAUAAAUCACUAGAAUAAUUAAUUUUUCAAUUUUUUGAAAUAAUUAACAUGAAGGUAAUCAAUAACUGUGCCCUUUAAAGGCGCAUGGUCAUGAUAUCAAAAUUGUUUCGAAACUUUUUUCCUCUCAAAUUUUUUUUAUAACCCAUUCCGCGAAAGCUUUUCUUAUUUUUUGUUUUGCGAAAAAGACCGUACACCAAAUGUGAUCGAAGUUCGCUUCGAGACCUUUGUUUUUUGCAGUUUUGCAGAGCAGAAAUUCAAAAAAGAGCUGUGUUUAUGGCAGCUCUUUUUCUGCUGUACUCUCAGAACGGAAAAACACCAUGAUUCAUUUUCUAAAAAUCUACAGAUGGGCGGUGUGAUGUCCUACUUUCGGGGCCUUUUCGGCGCCCGCGAAAUGCGGAUACUCAUCCUGGGGCUGGACGGAGCCGGCAAAACGACGAUUCUUUACAGAUUGCAGGUGAGAUUGGGGAGAUUUUUUCAGGUUAAAGUAAGACUUUUUGGCGCUAAAAAUCAUUUAUAAUUUUUUCUCUGCCCAUUUUUUUUUCUUUGGAAAUACGGCUUAUGUGAGAGAUAAAUUUGUGAGAAAAAUAAAUGUAGAAUUGCUGGAACCACUUAUAGAGUCUAUUUGAAGUUUUUUAAAUAGUGUUCAUUGACUUUUUCGGGUCUGGAAUCAAGAAAAGUUCACUGAAAUCAAAAUUUUGUAUUUGUUUUUUUGAUGAGAAUUGAAAGAAACUUUUUCGGAUUCUUGAAGAAAACUCCUUUAUUACAAUUUUUUAUCUAAUUUUAUCUGUUUUUUGAAGUCGGGAAGAGUUCCUAACUAUGAGGUACAAGCAAGCAGGAAAAUCAGGAACCUCAAGAACUUAGGGAUUUUAGUGUUCCCUAUAGGGGUUAGGGGGAAAACACCCCUAUAGGAACCAAAAAAAGGGGUACCUGUAGAGGUAAAAUCAAUCCUAUUGAAGUUUAGGGCCUGAUCCUUUAGCCCUUAAAGCUCGAGUGGUCCCUCUAGGGGUCGUUCAAUUUUGUUCAAAAAAGGUUACAGCAUGUCCCCUAGAGGGGCCACUAACUAAAAUCCCUAUAGGGACCCCUUUUAAAAACUUUCGUGGCCCCUAUGGAGGCUGGUAAAGUGGUCCCUAGAGAGGGCUCUCCAAGGGCAUUUAAAGUUUCUCCUAUAGGGACCACUCUGGAGUUCCUAAGAAUGCUAAUGACCUACAAAAAGUAGAUCGAGAAGGCGGGAAUCUAUCAAAGGUCAAACAUUUUUGACUCGGAAUUUUUCUUUCUGUUUUUUUUAAUCGAUUUUUGUGGAUUUUUGAAGUUUCAGCGCCUUUUUUCUGACCAUCUUCUUUGUUAUUAUUGUUUUUUUGUACUUUCUAGUUGAUAACAUAUUUUUUCAGGUCGGUGAAAUCGUGACGACAAUCCCGACGAUAGGGUUCAACGUGGAGCAGGUCGAGUACAAGAAUCUAAAGUUCCAGGUUAUUCUGUUGAUAAUUACAGCGAAAAUCGGGAGAUUUGCAGGUUUGGGACCUCGGCGGGCAGACCUCGAUCCGGCCCUACUGGCGAUGUUAUUACGCCAACACCGACGCCAUCAUUUACGUUGUCGAUUCGGCGGACCGGGACCGGGUUCGUGUCAUUUUUGGCUUCAUUGGUACCUGUUCAGUACUAAAUGAGAUUUAUCACAGCGAGAAUAAAAUCAAACCGCCUCGAUCAUACAUGAGAUAAGCAUAACUGGCGACAGCCAAGUCCCCCACCCCCUUAACCCACUCAAAACCAAGCACCCCCCUAAAAUGGAAAAGCGUUUUUCACUCUGAUCAAUUUUAACUAAGAAAAAAAUGUUAUAAGAUCGGACUAGCGCCGCCCUGAAAAAUUUUUUUAACGGUUUAUGCCACCCCCCCUUUCUCGUUUUUUUGCCAAGUCCCCUUCCCUUUAUCAGGUCCCACCGAGACUAUCCCAUGUAUGACCUCGAUUUUUGAUGGAAGAAAGUUUUGGAAUUUUUAUUUCAGGUCGGAAUAUCGAAGCAAGAGCUCGUUUCAAUGCUUCAGGAGGAUGAACUUCAAGGAGCUGUUCUGGCCGUUUUGGCAAAUAAACAGGUAAAAAAAUAAAAUUUUUUUAGAAAUUCAAGGAAUAUAUCGAUGAACUUGUUGAUCCUUAUAGAAAUAAUUGUUGAUAACUAAUUUUUUUCUGAUGAGCUUCUUCAUGUGAUAUAUUUUUUUAUAGUUUUUUUCAAGACCGUUUUUGAGACAUUUUUUGUCUCGGUUUCAAAAGUUGAUAAACUAGUGGUAUAUUAAAAUAAAAAAAGAAGGAAAUUGAAAAAAAUCCUAUAGGAUCCACUUUUUUUAAGUGAUGUUUCAAAUUUUAGGGGCUAAGGGGUCAGACCCUAAACCCCUAUAAGGACCACUUUUUCGGCCCCCAUAUGGAUCACUCUGGAACUUUUAAGAACAUUCAAGAAAGAAGUUUCGCUGAACCUCAUUUUUUGACCAGUAGAUGAUAAUACUCGGUGAAAGUUCCAUAUUUUUCCUGAUGGAACAAUGAGAAAUUCCCUUCAGGACAUUCCCGGCUGCCUGACCGAGACGGAAGUGUACAAAGCGCUGGGCUUGGAAGCGUUGCGGAAUCGCACGAUCCAGAUUUUCAAGACUUCCGCCUCAAAAGGCGAGGGUCUCGACGCGGCGAUGGAUUGGCUGGCCAAUCAGCUGCAGCAGCGAAAAUAG